AUGGAGGCUUCAGCUGACCCCAGAAGGUGGAGGGUCCACACAGGGGUGAAAACCUUCAGCUGUACACAGUGUCAGAUGCGCUUCACCCAUGCUGGCAACCUGAAGAUGCACCUGAAGGUGCUUGGCUGGAGGAGACUGGGCGGCCACCUUGGAUUCCCAGACAAGAGCCCAGAGGACAACAUAACUGAGCAGGCCAGGACCGGAGGCGACAUAGUGGAGUCUGCAGAUGCAGAGCCUGCUGGUUCUGGAGGAUCGUCUCUGGUCAAACAGGAGAGGACUGAAGGAGAAGACCCACGACUCACCAGAGACACCCAGACUGGAGCAGCAGCUGGAGUGGCGCCCCCUGUAGCCACGGAGGAACUCGCCACCACGCCCCAGCCCAGGACCCGAACCAGCAUCACGGAGGUCAGUGGAAUGCUGGAUGCCGUCCUCAAGUCAGAGACAGACACCAAGCCUUUAACUGCUGGCAACCUGAAGAUGCACCUGAAGGUCCACACGGGAGAAAGGCCGUUCGCCUUUGACCUGCUGAGUGGACUAAAGAUGGGGGAGCAAGGUGGUUGGCUGGAGGCUAACAGAGGAGACUGGGCAGCCAUUUCUGAUUCCCAGACUGGUGCAACCAAGGGUCCAGAGGAUGACGUCACUGAGCAGGCCAGGACCAGAGGCCACAUAGUGGAGGUCAGUGGAUGGGACAGCAUCGUCAACUCUAGGCUGGGGAACAACACUGUUAACCAGAAACAGACAGUCGAGCACAAAACAACAUCCGAACUUAGUCUCCAUGACAACAGCCUGGCUGAGACCAGGGUAAGGUGUAUAGUUGGUCUGCGGGGACGGAGAAGUGUCCAUAUGCGAACAGACACAGAAUCGGCUAGCGAUGCUCCGUCCUGCUCCUAUAGUUGUGAUUCAGAGAGACUGAUGGCGCCUCAGGUUAACCCCCUAACAGGUGCUGCCUUCAGCCUGCCUUCUAUAGGAUCUAUCAACUGGAACAUGGAGCCUGCGACAACACAGACACUCCCUGGCCUUCGCCCUCCUCGCAGUCUCCUUAUGUUAAACCAGACCUCAGACAAUGCCAGUGCCUCAACACUAAGUGGCUACACAAGCCCAUUCACAAAUGACAGUAGUAGUAACACUAUCAGUAGAUCCGGUGGCAAAGAGAAGCGCUUCCCCUGUUCAUUCUGUGGGAAAGCCUUCAGUUUCCCCAAACAGAUGGAGCUCCACCAGAGGAGGCACACGGGGGAGAAACCGUAUGGCUGCCACCUGUGCCGGGCCAGUUUUUCACACUUGUCCAACCUGAAGAGGCACCAGAGGGUUCACACAGGGGAGAAACCCUUCAGCUGUACCCAGUGUCACAUGCGCUUCGCUCAGUCUGGCAACCUGAAGAUGCACCUGAAGGUCCACACGGGAGAGAGGCCGUUCAUCUGUACGCACUGUGGGAAGAGGUUCUUAGAGAAGAGCUACCUCAGGAAACACCAGCAGAAAAACCAUUCCACUCUAUAACAUAGAAAGUAACCAUUCCACUUGAUAGCUUCUGAUGUUUAGAUCAAACCCUGCAUGAAAGACAAAAUAUUUAUUUUCAUUGUUGUCAGCAGAAAAGAUGCAAAAAAACAGAUUUUGUUGAAUAUUCCUGGGUAGAAUGUUGCAUCUAGACAUUGUGUGAUAUUGACUGAGUGUACAACAAAUUAGGAACACCUGCUCUUUCCACAUCAUAGAAUGACCAGGUGAAAGCUAUGAUCCCUUAUUGACGUCU